AUGUCACGUGGAGGCGGUCACGUGAGGCGGUGCUCGGAGAUGGCGGCGGUCUGGCGGCUCCUGUGGUUCCCGCUGUUGGCGGCGGGCGGGGGCGGGGCCGCGCCCAACCUCAUCCUUCUCCUCAUGGACGACAUGGGAUGGGGCGAUCUUGGUGUCUUCGGAGAACCUUCGAGAGAGACUCCUAAUCUGGACAGAAUGGCCGCUGAAGGAAUGCUGUUCCCAAACUUUUACACGGCCAACCCCCUCUGCUCCCCAUCCCGGGCAGCACUGCUGACUGGUCGUCUUCCCAUCAGGAAUGGCUUCUAUACGACCAACGCUCACGCCCGCAACGGGUAUACACCACAGGAAAUCGUGGGAGGAAUCCCUGGUUCAGAGAUUCUGUUGCCAGAACUCCUGAAGAAGGCAGGAUAUUCCAGCAAAAUCGUUGGGAAAUGGCACUUGGGGCAUCGCGCCAAGUUUCACCCCCUGCGGCAUGGCUUUGAUGAAUGGUUUGGAGCACCCAACUGCCACUUUGGGCCGUACAACAACAAGGAUAAACCCAACGUUCCCGUCUACAACAACUCCGAGAUGGUGGGCAGGUAUUAUGAAGAGUUUCAAAUCAACCCAAAAACCGGAGAGUCCAACCUCACCCAGAUCUUCCUGCAGGAGGGGAUCGAGUUUAUCCGGAGGCAGGUUGCACAACACAAGAACUUCUUUCUUUACUGGGCUGUUGAUGCCACACACGCUCCUGUCUAUGCAUCGAAGGCGUACUUGGGAACCAGUAAGAGAGGCUUGUAUGGCGAUGCGGUGCGCGAGAUAGACGACAGCAUUGGGAAAAUCCUCCAGGAGCUACACACACAGGACAUCGCCAACAACACCUUGGUGCUUUUCACAUCGGACAAUGGAGCUGCACUCAUCUCUGCUCCUGACCAAGGGGGCAGUAACGGUCCAUUCCUGUGUGGAAAGGAGACGACGUUUGAGGGGGGAAUGCGGGAGCCGGCCAUUGCCUGGUGGCCAGGACACAUCCCUGCUGGGCAGGUCAGUCAGCAGCUGGGCACAGUCAUGGACCUGUUCACCACCAGCCUGAGUCUCGCUGGGCUCCAACCCCCCACUGACCGGCAGUUGGAUGGCAUUGAUCUUUCUCCUGUGAUCCUGCAGAAUAAGGUCAUCGACAGGCCAGUGUUUUACUACCGAGGCAAUGAGUUGAUGGCUGUGCGGCUUGGAAUGUACAAGGCACAUUACUGGACCUGGAGUAACUCCUGGGAGGAACUGCAGCAGGGAAUUAAUUUCUGCCCGGGACAAAACGUGACAGACGUUACCACUCACGAUCAAAGGGAUCACUCCAUUCAACCACUGCUCUUCCAUCUUGGCCGUGAUCCUGGAGAGAAGUACCCCAUCAGGUUUUCUCACGGGGAGUACGAGGAGGCAAUGAGCCGGAUUUCGCUGGUGGUUUCGGAUCACAGAUCCUCGCUGGUGCCUGGGGAGCCACAGCUCAACGUCUGUGACCGGGCCGUCAUGAACUGGAGCCCUCCGGGCUGUGAAAAACUCAGCAAAUGUCUGAACAUCCCCAGGUCCGAGCCUUGGAAAUGUAACUGGCCACAUUAAAGCUGCUGUCAGAGGCUUGUAGACCGGGAGAGUCGGAACCUCAGCAACUCCCCCAGUGGCCUCUCUCGGUGCUGGAAAUACUGAAAUGCCCAGAGAACUUAGAACUGAGUCAUGAAGCAAAGGGGAGACGGGAGGGGGAAGAGGUCACUGGCAAACCGCAGGCUCGGGCAGACCGCAGCCUCUGACCCGGUCCCGCACUGCUGGUAGGCACAAGGAAGACUAAAUGUUCCAAUGGCAAAAUUAAAGGCACUGUCUCUGAA